AAAUAUCUCGAAUUUUUUCGAAACAGGCGAAGUUAUUAAUGACAUAAAUACUAUUCUUAAUUCACAUUGUUCAGUUUUGUAUUGACUUGUUAGUUAUACAUUAACCUUAUCAGUAUGUAUUGUAAUAAUGUAGCAAAAAUAAUAGCAACUGUAACUCUAUCUUUAAACUGUAACACUUGUGAAUGUGUCAAUGAUAUUAUUAUUCCGUUGUUCAUUUUCUAACCACAGAGAGACGAAUGGACUCUAUUUUGUACACAAGGCAUGGCUGAAAUAGAUCAAAUGUGCUUACCUCCAUUUAAUGAAACACCGUCUACAAUAAUGCUGGCUAUGAACAUCAUACUGGAACCAAUGAAUGGAGUAAAACGGAAAGAUUUUUACACACUGUAUGAUAUAAUUUUUACCAUUUAUGAUAAAACUAAGCACAAAAUGACAAUGCUUAUCUCGAAAGACGCAAUGAUACACAAUAUCAAGGGGUCUUUACAUUUCAAGACAGACCACGAGAUAACAAACUUUGAUACAUCAACUGCUUUUAAAUUGCAAAACUUACAAAAUGUCAAGAUAUGUGUUUCUCAGUCUAACAAAGAAAACACUUUUCAUUUUGAAUUGCUUUGGAACAGACAGAAACUUUCCUUUGACUCGUUUACGCUGAUUGUACUAGAACCAGAACCGUUUUGUCCGAGAGUGGCUCUGCCUAAACAAGUAUUUGUUUCUUGCAACAUAUCGCAAUUAUUUUCAAAUCUAUACACUAAAGAUUUUUUGUCCAAAACACUUUCCGAAAAUGAAACGCAUUUAUUCUUUUGUCAUGAAGACUACUUUAAACAUUUAAGUAGUUUACAAUCGGAAGAAAACAAUUUUCAAGAGAAAGAAGGCUAUUAUACUUCUGGAAAAGCCUUAGCUGUCUUGACCAUUGCUUGUUUAAUUGUAUCAAUAAUAUCACUAGGUUUUACACUUGUUGUAUAUGCUGUUUAUCCAGUGCUACGCUCUUUACCUGGAUUAAUAAAUAUGGCAUUAAUUACAAGCCUAAUCGUCUUCCAGUUAGUAUCAUUUGUUCGCACGGUUGCAAAUAUUAACAUAAGCUGGCUUUGUACUUUAAUCGGAAUUUUCACCCACUUUUCAUUUAUUUUGUCUUUUGCAUGGAUGUUUGUUUGUACGUUUCAUAUGUUUAAGGUGUUUGUUUAUAUCAGAAACCGUUCAGUUGACAGGAAUGAAUGCCGAAAAUUUGCAUCUUAUUGUAUUUUUACAUCUAGUGUUGCAGUUUCUCUGGUGGUCAUUACAAUUGUCAUAUCCGUCGUGAGAUCUGAUGGCGAAGACACAGGCUAUGAGGGCAUAAUCUGUUAUUUAAAGGACUCUACACUUAUACUUUAUCUAGUUGCUCUUCCAAUUGCUCUUGUGAUUCUCUUUAACAUUGUUAUGUUUUGUGUUGUAGUUUACAAAAUACAAAAACACCCAAUUUUGGCUUCCUCAAAUCCAAAAGAACGUCAAAAUAUUACAGUAUUUGCCAAAUUAUCAACAAUAACUGGAAUGACUUGGAUAUUUGGGUUCAUUUAUACUUUUACUCAGAUAGAAACGUUUGCAUUUAUAUACGUCAUACUGAAUGCUGGACAAGGAUUAUUCAUAAUGCUUUCAUUCGUUUGCAACCGUCGUGUUUUUGAUAAGAUAUGCAAGCAAAAAUUAAGGAGAUCGACCACAAGACAGGCAACUCGUACCACUGAUGUGUAACUGAGAUUUCAUUCGUGUUUUUAGUAAAGAUUCGUCAAAAGUUAUAAUGUUCAAUUUUUCGAAAAUGAUUUCAUUUUAAUGAGUGUUGAAAUAAAAAGUUAUCUAUUGGUAUUUUAUAUAUUUAUAAAUCUUAGUGUUGAUUCUUCUUCACAUAUUUUUGCUACAGUUUAAAUAUUUAUGUUUUAAAAUAUUAGUUAUCUAAAAUCAACAGAUUUACGAUAUUUCAAUAGCUGACAAAUUGAUAACUUGUUGAACAACUUGUUUAAAUAUGUAUGCAUGUAACUGUUUAAAUGUAGGAUUGCUAUCAAUAAGCGUGCAAUAAGGCGAGGUGGCAGCUAUUAUAGAUAUACGCUCGGCUUUUAACCAGUUUAUCUUCUUUAUAAGCUGCAUUUGCUUAGUUUAGCAUCUAGAUUUUUUUUAGUUUGUUACGAUGUUUAUAAAAUUAUAUACCAACAAUGAAUAUCAUAUUGCAUACACUUUAGGCUGUGGUGUUAAUGUUUUAAUAAAUAUGACAUAACGAAUAGAAGUAUUCUAUAUUUGGGGUUCCCCACCAAUUUUGAAUAAAACUUUGACCCAGCAUUUUUGUAUAUUGUGUGGAAUGAUAUGUAUAUUUGAUGAAUGUUUAUAUAAACAAUGUGAUAUGAUUAAAAAAUAAUACACAAAAAAUGGGCACUAGCCGUUGAAAUAUACUAUGUAGCAUGUAAUCGAAAGAAAUGACUUUUAAAUUGUGAUAAAGCUUUAAAAUUGAGUGCUAGUUUUGUAAUAUCCUGAAGCAUAAGUUAAGUUUGUAUGCACUUUAUAUGCAUCCUUGUUAUUGUGGAAACUUACAUUCAACCAUUUGAUUUGUUAAGCUAUGAAUAUGAAACACGUGUCAUGCACAUGUGUAAGUAUCUGUGACAUUGUUUUAGCAAAAGCGAAGAUUUUGUUAAGACCCGCUCGUCGACGUCGGCGUUUGCGUUCGUUAACAUUUUGAUAAAGUUAUUGUUUAUCGCUUUAAUACUAGUAAAGCUAUUUCAUUGAAAAUAGGAAGCACCUUGAUAUGGUAAAACUAUCAUGAUUUCCAUUUAUAUUCUAUUGACGUUAUGUUUGAAAAUAUUAUUGUAUUAUAGAUUAUGUAAACAGAUACAAAUCUAAAUAAAGUAUCUGUUCUGUU